AUGACUCGUCGCAUCUUUGUCAUCGGAGCUACAGGAGCUCAAGGUCUUCCUGUUUGUCGCGGCCUCACCAGAGAUGGAGCCUAUAGUCUACGAGUCCUUACUCGCGAUGCCAACUCAGAGCGCGCCAGGCAAUUGGCAGAGUUGGGCGAUGUCGAGUUCAUCGAAGGUUCAUUCGCCAAUGAGGACAACCUGCGAAAAGGCUAUGAAGGCUGUUGGGGCGCCUUCGUCAACAUUGACGGGUUCAACACUGGUGAAAAGACAGAGACUUAUUGGACCAUCCGCGCCUACGAAUUGGCAAUUGAGUCUGGUAUCAAGUUCUUUGUCUUUGGUAACUUGGACUAUGGGUAUAAGAAGAGUGGCUAUGAUCCCAAGUUUCGCUGUGGCCAUUAUGACGGAAAAGGCCGAAUGGCGGAGUGGAUGCUGAGCCAGAGGAAGGGUCAUAGCAUGGGCACUGCGAUUUUCACUACGGGUCCAUAUAUCGAGAUGGCUGUCUCAGCAGGAACCCCUAUGACACCUCGUACUGUCGAGGGAGUUGUCACUUGGGCUGUCCCUCUCGCCGAUGGAGCGAUCCCUCAUGUCGCUCUCGAUGACUGCGAGCACUAUGUUCGCUGGCUUUUCGACCACCCCGAUAGGUCUGAUGGAUUGGAUCUUGAGGUUGCUAUCGAUCAUAUCACGUAUCAUGAUCUAGCGAAAGCGUUCCAAAAGGUCACUGGAAAACCUGCUCAGUUCAUUGACAUUCCCUUGGCGACUUACUUCGAGCACUUGCCUCUGAAAGGCACAGUACCAGCUGGAUACAACGCCGAUCCCAAUGAUCCCGCCACCAUGACAUUUCUCCAGAACUUUAGUGGUUUCUGGAAUAUGUGGAGGAACUCUGGUGGCAAUAAGGGGGUUAUUCAGAGGGACUACAAACUUUUGGAUGAGAUUCAUCCGAACAGGAUCAAGACUGCGGAAGAGUUCUUCCGUAGAGAAGAGGAGAAGCGUAAGUCGCAGGGACUUCCAAGCAUCUUUGAAACGAUUGAGGGUGGCAAACUCGGCAUGAUCCUCAAGUUGACCGAAGAUGGGAGGAAGGGGAAGUUCUUAUCCUUCAAGCGCGUCUCAUUAAGCGAUCCAGCUCGGCCACCUUUUGUCGCGCUAUCUUAUGUCUGGGGCGACUUGACCAACACUCUUCCACUCGAUGUAUCCGGACAAAUUACCCAAGCAACAAGGAACCUUCAUAAGAUUCUAGGCCGUCUUUCUGAAUCUCACUUCGACGAGCUGCUUUGGAUAGACGCUCUGUGUAUCGACCAGCAAAACCCACAUGAGUGCACUUCUCAAGUCGCUUUGAUGGGAGAAAUUUACUCACAUGCAGAAUAUGUCCUUGCCUUCUUAUCCCCCGCAUCAGAACCCUUCAGCUUAGGCUUAGACUAUAUAGAGGCGACUGCUCGCGAUACAACGAUACAUUCCGACCCACCCAUCUCACCUCAUCUGACGGUUCGUGAUCUCAACGCCAGUGAUAAGCCUUUGCAAGACUCGCUUAUCGGCUUCUUCGCUGCCCCAUGUGCACAUGGAUUCCUUGAUAUUCCCAGUGAGAUCAACGGUGGCUUGACAAUCUACACUGCGACCCUCCGGAUGAAGCACCUUGUGGAUAUGCUUAUUCCUAGAAAGUUAUACACUGAAGACUUUCUAGCGGCAAUCUCCCUUUUUCGUGUACGGCACUGCUCAGAUCCCCGGGAUAGAGCAUUCGGUUACUUCGGACUGCGUUCCCCGGGCCUAGAUAUCAAGAGUGAGAUACCUGUCGACUACACCGUGUCUGUAGCGGAUCUUUAUAAGAACCUGGCGGUGGCAUUGAUCGAAAAGUCCCAGACACUAGACGUACUCAGUCAUAUCCUACACGAAUCGAGCAUUGAGAAGCGGACGGAUGGCUUGCCGAGUUGGGUCCCAGAUUGGGAUGCAACGAUUGAUGAUCGGUACCAUCUGACAUAUACGGAACGCACAAAUAUGACUCGACAUUGCUGUGCCUCGGGAGAUACGAAACCAGAAUGGAGGGUGCAGAGUUCAGGCCAUGUGAUGACUCGUGGCCUACAGAUUGCGGUGAUUGAAGCAACUGCACCUGGCUACCCUUCCAUUAUCCCCGGAUCAACACUUGGAGGCAAGAAAAUCAUCAAUGGUUGGCGUCAACUCGCUGGUUUGCCGCCUCUUUCUGAUGGACCUCCUCGCGAGAACGGGGAUGCUGAGAGCCACAGAGAACGUAUAUUUGAGGACGCUCUCAGUGGCGGCUUUACUUCCAUGAAGUGGGCAAAAGGCUGCUUCGAAUACUCAAAGGCCUACCAGGCGUGGCUCGAAUGGUUUAUAUCCGCCGAAGGCUCAUUGGCAAAGUCAUGUAAACAGGUUAUCCAAGAUUUUGACGAGUUGAUUCGGCAAACAAGUGAACGUCGACGAUUUAUCGUGACAAGUGACGGGCAAAUAGGCUUUGGACCGGAGGCAGCCAAGAAGGGCGAUGUGAUUGUUAUUAUACCUGGAGGGAAGGUUCUAUAUAUUUUGAGGAUGGUGGAGGUGGAGGACCCUGACUGCGAGGUGAGGAAAUAUCGACUCUUGGGAGAUGCAUUCAUCAAUGGUGCAAUGGCGGGUGAGAAGGUCAACCCACCGACGUCCGAGUUUACUGAGAUAGUUAUUGUAUGA